GACAGUAUAAAGGAUGUACCUAUUGCGGUCGGCAUUUUCCAUAUCACUGGUCAUUCGCCAGAAUGCCAGAUCCACUUUCAUCCUCGCCUCAAAGAGGGGUGGGGAAUACAGGAUGGGGAGCAUCUCGAGCGGCUUUGGUCCUUCCUCAACGGAUUUGUGGCCAUGACACGUAACAUGUCGUCUCUCAACAGACGGCUUACUCUGACUAUUGCUCUUGACUUCUUUACCGAGCAGCGAAUAGACAACCUUGGUACCGAGUCUCUCAUGAUCAUUUUUAAAAACUGCGUUGCUCUUUGCUAA